CCUGUCUUUCUCUGCUCUUAUCUCACUUGCCGCCCUGCCACGGUUUGUUUCCGCUUCUCUUUGGAUAUCCUCCUUGUGUUCUUUAGCGAUUUACGACACCUUUCUAUUUUACUAAUUCUCGUCUCAACUCGACCUCGCCACCAUGUGGAUCGUUAACUGGUUCUGGGAUGUCCUGGCCUCUCUUGGUCUUCUGAACAAGCACGCCAAGCUUUUGUUCCUCGGUCUUGAUAAUGCCGGAAAGACGACUUUGCUGCACAUGUUGAAGAAUGACCGUGUUGCUAUCCUGCAACCCACCGCACACCCGACAUCGGAGGAACUCGCCAUUGGAAACAACCGAUUCACAACUUUCGACUUGGGCGGUCACCAGCAGGCCCGCCGUCUCUGGAAGGACUAUUUCCCCGAAGUUAGUGGAAUCGUCUUCCUCGUUGACGCCAAGGACCACGAGCGGUUCCCCGAGUCCAAGGCCGAGCUCGAUGCCCUCCUCGCCAUGGAGGAGCUGGCUAAGGUUCCCUUCCUUGUUCUCGGAAACAAGAUCGACCACCCCGAUGCUGUCAGUGAGGAUGAGCUGAGACACCAGUUGGGUCUGUACCAGACUACUGGUAAGGGCAAGGUUCCUCUCGAGGGUAUCCGGCCCAUUGAGGUUUUCAUGUGCAGUGUUGUCAUGAGACAGGGAUACGGCGAAGGUAUCAGGUGGUUGUCUCAAUACGUCUAAACAAUCUAUCCAUACCUGUUCUGUUCCUUCCCCUCCAACCCAUCCCCUCACUUCUAGUUCUCUCAAUCGUGUCGGCUCUCUUUUAUUCCCCAUGAGAUAUAACACCCCCCCUUCCCCUUCCCCCUGACGUGUCUCACUUUAUAAC